CACAGUUAACUAUCAGUAAAACAAGCGUAUCAAUGAGGUUUCAAAAUGAGCGAGACGAAAGCACUGCUAAAUGCACUGCUAUGCGACAUUUACGGCAAGCAGGAGGUGCAGGCGAGACGUCUGCGACGCUGCCGUUAUCAUCACAAGGAUACAGAGAAAAGACAGAGCAAGGAGCAACGUGGCCUUAGAAGAUCGUCCAGGCAGAAGUCACUGUAUAGAAUGGCCAGUAGUUUAUCGGGCAAUCAAAGUGCACUGGAAUCGCUGAAUGUGCGUCAAUUGAUCGAUAUCUGUGCGAUGCUCAAAGUGGAGAUAUUAAUGAUGGGCUAUAUGCUGGAACGGGUGCUCAUUGUGAGAGAUCGACAGCGACGACAUCAGGAGGUGCUCUGCGAAUUUGUGACGGCCGUGCUCAUUGUGGAGACUCACGAUGCACAGCCUAAAAUGCGCUUUAGUCUCUCACCACCGCCACCGAAAGUCAGCCUAACCUCACCCACUAGCACCACUAGCACCACCACCAGCAAUCAACACCACAGCAUCAACAUCAACAUCAACACCAACAACAACAACAGUAGCAGCAGCAGCAGCAGCUACAGCAAAGACCUUGGCCGCAGUCGCAACAACAACAACAUGCUGAGCUCCUCUGCAGUUGCCACCGCUGAUGCCGCAGAUGAUGCUGCCUCGGAUUAUAAUCAAUGGCUUCAUGCCAUGAAAUUGGUAGCACGUUUGCCCGGCGGUACGCCUCCCGAGUUCCGGCGCAAGCUCUGGCUAUCGCUGGCCGACAAGUAUCUGAAGUCAAAGAACGUGGACUGGACACACCAACGGGAGAAGUGCUUCUGCGAGGAAUGGCGAGAGGAUGACGAGGAGCUGGGCAUUCAGAUCGUUAAAGAUUUGCAUCGUACGGGUUCGAAUUUGUGCACCGGCCCCGCCGGUUCCAUCAAUCAGGCGAAACUUAAGCGCAUCCUUCUCGGCUAUGCACGAUACAAUCCCGAGGUGGGCUACUGUCAGGGCUUCAACAUGUUGGGCGCCCUAAUACUGCAGGUAAUGGACAAGGAAGAGGAGGAGUCAAUGAAGGUCAUGAUCUAUUUGGUUGAGGGCGUGCUACCCAAAGGCUAUUUCUAUGGCUCCAUGGGCGGUCUACAGGCUGACAUGAGUGUAUUUCGUGAGCUGAUGCAAACGAAGCUGCCCCGUUUGGCAAAGCAUCUGCAACGCUUGCAGGGACCUGUGGAGAAUGCCUAUGAGCCGCCACUCACAAAUGUAUUCACCAUGCAAUGGUUCCUCACCAUGUUCUGCACCUGUCUGCCCAUGUCCUGUGUGCUUCGCGUUUGGGACCUCGUACUCAUCGAAGGCAGCGAUGUCCUACUACGUACAGCUCUUGUACUCUGGAGUCUUCUCGAAGAACGCGUUUUAAAUGCUCGCUCUGCAGAUGAAUUCUAUGGCAAAAUGGGUUCGUUUUCGAAUGAGCUGCUGAACGGCCAUCUUAUUGAUUCCAAUGGCCUUAUCGAGAAGGUGGUGCAGCUGGGCCCAAUAGCCGAUAUCAAGCAGCUGAGGGACAAGCAUCUGUACCACAUUGCACCACUGGGCUCUAAGCAGGGAUUGCAAUUGUACUUUGAUGAGGAGGACACUCAAUCUGACGACGAGUCCCGCAUGGCUGUGGCCACAAUGUGGGGUCUCAACUGGGGCAGACGCGGCUCUGUGGGAGUUGGGACUUCCGGGACGGGUAAGGGGCCUACGGAGCAAAAGGAUCGCCUGGCAUUGGACAUUUCGCUGCUGAAGAAACAAUACGAUCGCUUGCGGGAACGUCAAAAACAGGCUCACGUUAUACUGACCACCGCUUGCUCCACAGCCACCGCAGCUAAGCAAACCUCUUCCAGCAAUGCCCAGACAUCGGUGGUGGUCAAUCAAUUGCUUCUAGGCCGUCCAGCCAUAAUAACGAACAAGGGUAAGCGCAUCGGUGCACCUCUGGGUGCCAUUCCGCCGGCUCGAAAGCCUUCGUUACCGGCUGUGUUGCAUGGCAAGUCUGCCGUGGCAGCGGAGCGGCAGCUAAGACGCGGUGAGACCUUGCACUGGCGGGACACGGAUGCCACUCGUCAUCGGCGUGACAGCUUAACGUGGAAGGAGAUUAAGGCCGAUCGUGCUGCGUUGCUUCGUGAGGGAGCCGAGGGCAGUGCCGUCAAGACGCAGAAGCUACGCUCGCGUUUGGGCAAGAGUGAUAGCUCCUCCUACAGCGAGGACAGCGAUGGUGAUCAACAGGCGGCCGACAAAAAUGGUUCCAGCUCAGACACCAGUCUGUGCGACGACGAUGAUCCAAAGUCCUUGGAACAAAGUCCCAAAAGGAAGGCUAAGCUGGCGCGCAAACUAAAAGAGAAGCCCAAGCUGGCGGCAUCACGGGACACAAGUCUUGAGCGGCGGCGACCAAAGUCCUGGGCACCGAGUUCCAAUGAAAUUCCGUUCAUGUUGAUGGGAACAGACAGCGGUGAUGAGAAGGAGCCGACGCCCAAGGUUGAGGAGGAGGACAGUGCCACGGAAUGCGAUCGGUUUGGUUAUGCACGGGACAUAGACUGGUCUCAGGCAGCUGGUGAUCUAGCAUACACUAAAAUGCUCCCGCUGCACAUAGAGGCCGUAGAAGCCAUGGCCAUUACUAGCACCAGCCAACUAUCACCUUUGCCAGAUAUUGGCAACUAUCUAAGCACAACCAGCAUCAGUCCACUGCCUACGCCCAAGCCAAUCUAUGUCAUGUCCGAACCCGUCUCAAUCAAUCCUCCAGAAAGUGCUGAUACUAAGACGGAAGCUCCUGCGGAUGAAGCCACAUCCAAGCGAAUGUAUCCGCCAGAAAGUGCUGAUAGUAAGACAGAAGUUCCUGUGGAUGAAGCCACAUCCAAGCGAAUGUUUGAUGUCAGUGAUGAUGGUGUAACGAAUCUCUUUUUUGAGCGUGUCAAUAGCGUGGACCGUCCCAAGAGACUAGAGCUCUCUUACUCCUUAAACGUAGAUGAUUCAGAGGUGACUUCGGCCAAUGAGGAGCCGCGAGCAUUGGUGGAGGGGCAAAGUGCUGGACAUUUAGCAAAAGAUCUGCCUUCCGAGCCUACGCCUAAGCGAUCUCAAAUUCGAGAUGAUAACAUUCCCGGCGAAAACAAGGAUGACUACAAAGAGCUGCUGAGCAUGACGAUAGAGCCGAACAUACCACAAUCUCAACUACCUAUGACCCUGAGUAAUGCCAGCCGUAAACGUAGAGAUCCCAGACGCAAAACUCUGACAAGAUCAUCGACCAUAGAGCUGGAAGAACGAUUUCUGGCUCUGGAGCGAAGACUCAGUCAGGAGCAACCCAAUCGACAAAGUGAUACAAGCGAAGGCGUCAAACAUAUACCUUCAACUGCGGCAUUGGAGGAACGCUUCAAGUCGCUGGAGCAGCAGAUUAGUGCGGAAAAACAGCAGACUGAUAUCGAGUGCUUUGAGAAACCGGAACGUAUACCCUCUACAGCUGAUCUUGAAAUACGUUUUAAUGCCUUAACCAAACAGCUGAGUUCUAGUGAAUCCAAUCCCAAGGCUCCCGUCGAACUAGGCGAACAGGAGCAGCCCAAUGGUAGCAACUCAAAGGAGCCAAAUGAUAGUGAGAAAACUAGUAAGCUACAUAAAACUGAUAAGCUACAAUCGGAUACGAAACAACCUGCCAAUAAAAUCGAAAAUGCUGAUAAUAAAGAUACAAAGAAUCCAACAGAAACGGAACAACCACGCCUUAAGAAACUGCCUUCCACAGCCGAGCUGGAAGAUCGAUUCAAUGCCUUGGAACGCAAGAUGAGCACACAAACAAACAGUCCAGCCAAGUCCAAAAAAGAACCUCCCGACGAAGAGCAGGAAGCGAAAAUCCCUGAUGCGAAUCACUGCGAAAGGGAGGAAAUUGCAGCGAAGGCCAAAGCUGAGGAAAGUAAGAAAACGGAGACAAGUUCACAUAAUGAAAAACAAGUUGAACCAGUAAAGGAAACAGCUUCAACGCCUACAAAUAAAAGAAAUGCGCCCGAAAAAGAAAAACCUGUGCAGAGUAAAACCAUUUCAACUACCGAAGUAAAAGAGGAAGUUGAGGUUAUCAAACGUAAGACGCCACCUUCCACAGAGGAGUUGGAGAAGCGUUUCAAUGCAUUGGAAAAGCAGCGAAGUACAACUCACAUUGAGUCAAAUGAGGCAACAAUAGAAGCAAGCUCUUCGAAAUCUGAAGAAAAGAAGAAACCACAAGUACAAGAAAGCACAAAUGACACUAAAGAAACGGAAAACAAACCCCAAAAACCGAUGAAAGCGUUUGAUGAUAAAGUAAAAGCUAUAAGUGCAACCUUAACCGUUGAGGAAAAUGUGAGCGAGUUAAGAAAGGAAGCAGUUGAGGAGAAAUGUCAGACAGCCAGAGAAACCUUAACAGCCAAUGAACCGCCCAAAGCAAUCGAAGAAGCUAGUACUGCCAAGUCGGAGCUAGACUCAGAGAAAUCACAGCCAAAAGAAUUGACCAAAAGACGAGCUUCUGAGCCACCCUCAAUGGAGGAUCUGGAUAAACGGUAUGAAAGACUUAAACGUCGCUUGAGUAGCAAAAAUCAUUUAUCAUCUCAAAAUGAAACUGUAAACGAAGCCUUGGAACGCAUCGAGCAAGAAAUAAUUACCGAGUUGGGGGAUGUUACUGACGAAGAGCAGAAACCAAUCAAAAAAGAACCUCCCACAACAGAGGAUUUAGAAAGUCGAUACGAGGCGCUGCAUAGUACGGAUAAAAAGGUGAAAAGUGAGGUUACUAGACAAGCAAAGGUCAAGACACCUCCGCAGCAUGUUGAUGUGGCUAUCGAGGCGCAUAUACCAGAAGCACCACCGCCACCACCUGUGGAACACAGGAUUAAAAUAGCUGCAGGUGGACAACAGCAGCGUGCACUAAUUGAGGAGUUGCAAAGUAAAAUGCAGGGUCAAUCACCGGGUGAGGAGAAUCUUAAGCCCAGCCAGAUAAAUCCACAAAGGAGACGCAUGCAACAAGAGCAUCAGCAUCUGCAACAGCGACCCACGCCCAUGGGCGAUGAGACAUCGGAAGCACCUGCAAACACCGCUUACUACAGAUCGGGAAAUUACGAACCGUGGAAUGGACAGAGAAUGGUUCGUCGUUUCUCCGAUUUGCCAUCGAGAGCCGAUUUGGAAAAUCGUUUACAAUUCCUAGAAAAGAAAUUGUACAAGAAAUUCUACAAGCAGCGCUGUGCAAGUGAUUCCGAAGUUGCAUCGAGAACAAGCCGAACAAAUGAUGAAAAGCCAAGCACAUCGCGCCAAGCGGAGGCACAGCUGGAACAACGAGUCCUAGCCUUGGAAAAGCAGCUAAGUGAAAAUAGUCUCAAGCUUCUGGAAGCAAUGCGUGAAAAGGCGAAAGCUCAACCACCUACCGAUGAUAUCUUGUCACCACGACGUCUAAGCAUGGACACCGAAACAGGCAAGGAGCUGGUGCGAUAUACCCAGAACAUUGGUGAACUGGAGGAGUCGGACAAGCCCAUUAACAUAAGCAUCAAUAUCAAAAUGCUGCUCAACAAGGAGAUAGAGCACAAGAAACCUAUUGAGACAUCAACCGAAGAUUUAAGGCGUCGUUUGGAGCAACUGGAGCAGCAAUUAAUUGAAGAGCGUGCCAGAAAUGGAACAAUCAAUCCGGAAUGCGAGUUACCAGUUCUGGAGAGUCAGGCAUUACCCGAUCUUCAGUUAGAGGAAAAUGAGGCAAAUAAAAAGCAAGAAAAAGAUAGCCACAAUCAGAGUGUCAAGUCUGACGAGGCCGACAAGUUGGAGGAGAUUCCAAUGCCAGCCGUGGAAAGCGCUGAGCCGGAGACGGUGAAGGAAACAAAAACCAUGCAAAACGAGGAGAAAGCACAAAUCCGAAACAAGGAGGUUGGCAUUGAGAAAACUAACGAAGAUGAUGAGGAAACUAAUGCUGAGGAAGAUAAGAAAGAAACCAAAGUUGAAGAAAAAACAACUCCCUUAACUGCCGAAGAAAAAACCGCAAAAUCUCCAGCUCAAGAAGUUGCUCCACAGCCAGAAGUUGAGAAACCAGAUGCAGUCGAAGAAAAGCCAGCUGAAGAAUUAACUGCCAACAAAGUCAUUGACGGCACUAAGAUAGAGUCCGUUGAUCCGAAUAACAAAACCGUAGUUCUUCUAAUGGAUAAUGAGCCCAGAGCAUUAAAGGUUCGUCGUUUAACCAGAGCCAAUACUGAGGAACUUGAGGAUCUUUUUCAAGCACUGGAGAAACAGCUCAACGAUCGAAAUCUUGUCAAAUCCAAGGAUGGUAAAUUGGUUCGGGUGGACAGUAAACCAACAACAGAGCAAGUGGAACAAGCACAAGCCAUAUCUGAUCUCACCAAGCAAAUCGAAGACUUUACCAGCUGCAAACCCGAACAAGAAGCAGCUGUGGACACAGAGCAACCGAAAGCUGAGGAGCAACCGAAUUAUGAUUGGGGUCCGAGUCCAGAGAAGCAUCACUUAAAACGCAAGACGGUCUAUCUACCAUCCACCAAAGAGUUGGAGGCACGUUUUCGAUCGCUAGAGCGUCAGAUAAAACUACUCGAGGAUGUGGAGAAGAUCGAUGUGGAGCAGCGAUUAACUGAAAUCGAACGUAAGAUCAAGUUGCAAUACUCACUCUCCCAUGAGAAGGAUCUGAACAAGUACUUAGAGCUAUGCGAAGGAAAGGGCUUAGAUGAUGAUGAAGAGGUGGUUGAAGACGCAGCUCCAGUUGUCGAACGUUCACGUAGUCCAUCACGCAAGGAGACCGCCAAGUCACCCUAUACUUCCCCGGCUCGGAAAGCCGCUACCAAGUCACCCUACGUAUCGCCUUCCCGUAAAGGAAAGUCUCCUUAUGUGUCCCCAACGCGUCAGAGCCAGAAGACGCCACAUACAUCCCCAGCUCGCUCUGAAAAUAAGAAGAAGAGUCCCUACACGUCUCCUGCUCGUCGUCAGGCGCAUCGAGAUGAUCUGCCCAUCUCAGAUGAUCUGGAGUACAAGUAUCGCGUACUGGACUUGGUGCGCUCCAAGUCAAAGGAUAAUCUGUCCAAGCGCAAAACUGAUCCUAACAAAAAGCCGCCCAUUCAUCCGCUUGAAAUGUUACUCGAUCCGAGUCCUGAUGACAGUGAAAUCCCCACAACUGGUGAGCUAGAGCACCGCAUACGUCUUCUGGAUGAGAAAUUGAGGUCUCCGGGGCGUCCCAAGUCACGUUCUCGCUCUCCCACCAUCGAUGACAUCAAGCGCAAGAAAAUGCUGGAUGAGCAGAGACCCAAGACUCCGGUGCACAACCUGGAACGCUUGGUCUACUCACCCAGCAAACCGGAGCCACCCACUGCCGAAGAAUUGGAUCAACGCAUACGUGCGCUGGAAGAGGAGAAAUGCUUUGAUUUCAAGACCCAAAAAGACUACAAGGAAUUCAAUCAAAAGCUCAAAAAUGUGGUUUCCCCCUCGCAAUCCUAUGAAGAGUUCAAGACCAGCAAAUCGCGUGAACAAAGUCCUAGACGUCCAGCCGCCACAACGCCCAAGUCAGCAAUGCGACGAGAUGAGAAUGAUGAUUAUCGUGACUACCGCAGAGAGGAGACAACUCAUUAUCGGCCCACCAGCCCGAAGGUCAUACGGUUUCGCGAUGAGGACGAUGACUACCAAGAGGACACGUGGCGAUCCAAAUCACGGCAGGGUCAAACCAGCGACCGAAUGAAGACUCUUGCAGAUCAGCCAUCAACUUCAGCUAGUCGCAGCUCCGAGGGCCUCGAUGAACUAGGCAUUCGCCUAAUGCGGGAAACAUCGCCCAUCACACGGACAGGAACACAUACGGGAGUACCGUUGCGAACUGGGGACAACAUCAAUGAGCGUCUGAGCUCCAUCAAGAACAGCAUUAAGUCCAUAGACAGUUUGUGCGAGGAGAAACCCUAUCAAAAGGAGAAAUGUCAGCGGUAUAUUGACUCUCUAUUCUCCGACUCCCUGCACUUUGCCAGCAAGAAGAGCUCUGCCGAGGACUUGACGCACAGUCGCAGCGAGAGUCGCGGAAGGGGGGUGCAGCCUUCCAUACGCAUCAGUUCGGAGCAUCGAUCGGUGGGAUCCGUGGAGUCCUUGCGUACGGGAAGUCCAUUGCGUGCGGCGAGUCCUCCACACUAUCGAUCGCACAGGGAUAUAAGCCGGGAGCUGUCGCCGCGCCGUCGAAGGGAGGCGGAGGAGCAAGAGGAGCGGGAGAAUAGUAGGUUGUUGAAUAUCAAUUAUGCAAACACAAGUUCAAAAAUAGAAAACAAUAAGCAAGUGAAACAAAAUGCAAAGGCAAAAGGCUUCAAAAAUGAUUAUUACACCAAGCAAAGAAACAAAAAGUUAAUCAAAACGAUUAGAAAGAUUUUAUGACGACGCUAAGGAGUUGAUUAUUGAUUAUUAUGGCCAACAGUCAGUUGACUGGGCUCAAAACAUAUAUUAAUAAUGCAAUUGUUAACAAAUCCUGCAAGACUCAAAACGAGACAACAAUUAUAACGGGCUUUAAAUUGUUCUUUAUAUUAAUUUUAUGUUCUUCUUUUUGUUACACAUUUUAUAUUAUUUUUUUGUUAAUGUUAAAAUUUUGUCAAUGUAUUGGAUAUAACACAUUUUUGUGGCAAAUUGUUAUAAUGUUUUGAAUUAGAAAAUGAAAAUGAAUCAAAUAAAUAAGAAAUGCAUUUAAUGCAUGUGUACCGCAUUGAAAAAAA